CACAUACGUAUUCAGGCUCCCAGUACAGAUGAACCAGCUUAUGUCAACCGUACGGGCUACCACAGUAUAAAUGUGCAAGCUGUCUGUGAUCAUGAAGGAAAAUUUACUCAAAUAACAGCUAAAUGGCCAGGCUCUACACAUGAUUUCUACCUAUUUAAAACUUUCUCUUUGUGUACAGAUUUAGAAUUAAAUCAUAAAGGUAUAUCCGACGGCAUUAUUCUUGGAGACAGUGGAUAUGCAUGCAGAGCAUUUUUGCUUACGCCUUUUCGAAAUCCACAGCCUGACACCACCUACAACACUAGCCAUUCAUCGACAAGAUCUACAAUUGAAAGAACAUUUGGGAUCGGGAAGUGGCGAUUCCAGGUCCUUCAUUCUGAGAUAAAAAUAGAAAUAAUCCAGCCAGGGAAAGUUAGUCGUAUUGUUCGAGCGUGUGCCAUUUUGCAUAAUAUUGCAAUAAAAAUGAAAGAACCAACCGCUGGUUGA